CCUUCCUUCAAUUUGCCUUCCAUUUCACAGUUAUCUGGAUCGAAUCAAUCAAUCAUCACCAUUGUGGGGGAUAGCAAGUCUGUCGUCCACCAAAUCUAUAGUAUUACUCAAGUUUGGUCGCGAUUUCAUCGUUCUAUUCAUUCACCAUUGGUUAUUCUAUCGCAAUUAUACAUUCGACCUUUUGGGUGGCCCAGUGCUUAAUGUCAUUAAAAAAGUUAAUCGUCUUUGGGAAUACAAUCAAGGUGAUCUGUGGGUUUCAAGUUUUUGACCCCUGAGGUUGCACUUUGCUCACGCUUUGUGGAAUGUUUGCUUUGUCUUGAUGAUUGGGUUUAGGACUUUUCCAGAAGUGCACCGCUAGUGGACAAAGAAUGUCUUUACCGUGGAAAGGUUGUGUAGAAUUUGAAGUUAAAGGAAUCAGUGAGCGAGCAGUACUGCUCACUGUCACGGCACAUGCACAUGUCUUGCAAUCACUUUACUCAUCAUUUGCUGUAAUUUUUUAGAGCCUUCUUUUUGUCUCCAUUUUUACAGGCCUUGCCGUGCAUUAUUUCUGUGUCUUACGGUUCUAGCUGAGUGGUAAUUGAACGGAAAUUGAACUUCCAUGUGUGAUUUCGUUGUAGAUUCUUCAGCAUGUGAAAAUAAGAUGGGAGAGACGGCGGCUUCCAGUCCUGGUUUGCAAUUGUCUGUUUCGUUUGGUAGAUUUGAGAACGAUUCGCUGUCCUGGGAAAAAUGGUCGACUUUCUCACCAAAUAAGUACUUGGAAGAAGUUGAGAAGUGUGCCACACCUGGAUCAGUAGCCCAGAAGAAAGCUUACUUCGAAGCUCAUUAUAAGAAGAUUGCUGCUCGGAAAGCUGAAUUGCUGAGUCAAGAGAAGCAAUCAGACAUAGAUCCUUUGAGACCAGAAGAUGAAAACGGUGAAGAUCAGAGUGGCAUUUGUAGGGCUGAUACGGAAUUUGAUGCAUCCAACAAUGAAAAUUCCAUCGAAGGGGUCAAGCAAGAGACCCAUUCUUUUGGUGAGAUCAGCCGGACUGUCGUUGAUUCUUUGGAGGAGGAUUCUGCAGUCUCUGGAGAUCAUCAAGUCUCAUCUGUCUACGGAGAGAGUGAGCAGUUGGAAUGCAUAUUAGACAGUUCCCAGGUAGAGAAAUCUGAAGAAGAAAGUCCUACCAAUGGAGCUGAAGACUUAAAGGAAAGCUCUCUCAAAUUGGACGAGGAGAUGGUAAAGGCUUCAGAAGUCGAAGCAAAACAUGUAAAAAUGGAACAUUCAAAGGACUCAAAGCUAGGACAGGCUACCGCUGGAGAUAGGAAUAGUAAUGCAGCAAAGACAAAGAAGAAACCAGUGCUGCCUUCAUCUAAGGCAGCUCAGGUUUCCACACCUAGAAGUUUAAGAUCCACAACAACUCCAACCAAAACACCAGCAUUUGCCUCAACUAGGAAGGGAAAUUGUGUCUCUUUGUCUGGGAGGGGGACUACAUCCACUGGAGAAAACAAAAGAAUUGCUAAUAAAUCUUUGCACAUGUCCCUUAGCUUGGGUACAAGUGAACCUGAUCCGGCCUCUCUUUCAUCAAUGAGGAAAUCAUCUAUCAUGGAGAAAAUGGGGGAUAAGGAAAUAGUUAAACGAACAUUCAAAACAUUCCAGAGCAUCAACCUGCCUAAAACUUCCGGUGAAGAAAGAUCCUUGGUAAAAAAGCAGAUUCCUUCUAGGGCAACAGAGCCAAGGAUUCAAAAGUCUAUGCGAAAAGAAAAUGGACGGCCAACCAAGGUUGAUAGUAUCAAUAAAAUAAGUGGAAAUGCUGUCCGAGCUUUUGGAAGCUUAAAAAAUGACAUGAGAGCAGAGAAAGGAAAAGAGUUUCCAAAGAAAAUAGAGGAAAAAUCUAAUACAACAGAGGCAGAAAGAGUACGGCUUCAAUCAAAAUUGAAGGAGCAAAGGGAGGCAGAGAACAAGAAAGUAAAACGCAAUUUCAAGGCAACACCUUUGCCAGCUUUUUACCGGGUUCAAAAAGUAUCAAAAAGCCGCUCAGAAAAGGGGGAUGUUAAUUCUGAGACGCUUCAUCAGUAGCCCUUUUAAAAGGGUGAAGAAAUAGAGAAACAAAAAUGAGAUGAAGUACAUCAGUGGACAGGUAGAUAUAUUAUGUUCAGAGGAAAUGUUAACGGCAAUAACUCAGACCUUUGAUUGAGAAUGAAAGCAGUCAUUUAUAAUUUGUAUUUAAAUUUGUACAAUAAUGAGAAAUGUAUAUUGUGGAGUUUACUGGAUAAUGUGAGGAGUAGGAAUCCUGCAUAAUUUACCGAUAAUAAAUUUCUUCGCCUCUUUUGCAA